AUGAAUGGUGUAGCAACAUUCCGUGCCUUUGGCUGGGUCCCAGCUGGCAUUGCCGCAAAUAAUGAACUUCUUGAUACGUCACAACGGCCAUUCUAUCUUCUGGCCAUCACUCAGCGAUGGCUUGGAUUCUCGCUUCAGCUAGUGGUUGCCCUCCUGGCAAUCAUGGUCGUGACAUUGUCUACGCAGCUCGGAUCUCGCGCAGGUCUGACUGGUGCUAGCUUGGUGACGCUGAUGACCCUCGGCGAUAUUCUGAACUACGUCAUUCGAUUUUUCACACAGCUGGAGACGUCGAUCGGUGCCAUCAGCCGGCUAAAACAUUUCAGUGACGAAGUAAAGCCUGAGGGCUCGCCGGAGGAAGAUCUCAUUCCUCCUUUGGAGUGGCCUAAUAGAGGAUUUAUUCAUAUUGAUGGGGUAUCAGCGUCUUACGGCGAGAGCGAAGAUGACACAGGCACCCUAGCUGUAAGCAAUCUCACCCUCACCAUUCGACCGGGGGAAAGAGUUGCCAUCUGUGGUAGGACAGGAAGUGGUAAAUCCUCUACAAUCCUCCUUCUCCUCCGCCUUUUGGACCCUCUCCCGAUGUGUGCCGAAAACAUCACCAUUGAUGAUAUACCUCUCCACAAAAUUGACCGCAUGGUCUUGCGUCAGAGAAUAAUCGCCAUCCCCCAGGACACAGUGUUCCUUCCUGACGGCACGGCGGUCAAAUCCAACCUCGAUCCAUUUGGUGUCUCAACCGACGGCGAGUGUCAAGAUGUCCUCAAAACUGUAGGCCUAUGGCCAUUCGUGACCGAGCGCGGGGGCCUAUAUGGACCAUUUGCUCCUGAAACGCUAUCACAAGGUCAGAAGCAGCUUUUCAGUCUAGCGCGGGCAAUUCUCCGGCGAAGGAUUCGUGAGCGCGACAGUCCUGAGAGUGGGAAGGGAAUCCUACUUCUGGACGAGGUUAGUUCUGGUGUCGAUCUGAGUACCGACCGCGAUAUGCACCGCAUUAUUGGAGAGGAGUUUCAAGGAUAUACCAUUGUGAUGGUCAGUCAUCGCUUGGAGACAGUCAUGGAUUUUGAUACGGUUGUGGUUAUGGACAAGGGCUGUAUGGUUGAGAAGGGAGAGCCGCAGUUGUUAGUUGGAGAAGAAGGGAGUCGGUUUAAAGAACUGUGGGUGGCUAGUCGGGGUUGA